AUGGAGACAUUGGUCGCUGCUGUAUUCGUCGUUCUCACACUUUCGCAUGUCCUCUACACUCGAUGGGAUCGUGCGUAUCGUUCCAAACUUCCUCCUGGACCUGUUGGUCUUCCCUGGAUCGGGAAUCUCUUCCAACUUCCCACGGAUCAUAGGGAGAGAACACUCUCACGAUGGAGAAAGGAUUUUGGUAAUCUCAUCUAUGUGUCAUUCUUCAACAAGCCCGUGAUUGCGAUCAACUCGCUGGAGAUCGCGCAGGAUCUCAUGGAGAAGCGGAGUGUGCGGUACUCGGACAGGCCCCGCUUCGUGCACAUUGAAGAGAUGAUGGGUUGGAUGUCUCACUUGGGGCGAACAGCGGCCGAUGACGAGUUCCGCAGACAUAGACGAUGGGUACAAAACGCAUUCCUCGACAAGGCGACGCUCGCACACUAUCAUCCUGUGCAGCAUAGGGAACUCUACAUUCUUCUCGGGAAGCUUGUCGAGAGCCCUGACAAAUACUGGAAACAUUUCCGGCGAUACGUCGGAGCAGUCCUCAUGGAGCUCGAGUAUGGAUACACUGUGACCUCAGAGAACGAUGAGUUCGUCACGUUCGCUGCUGACGCGUUAGUGCGACUUGGCUACUGCGAUUACCCCGGCAUGGCGCUCUUGGACUUCUUGCCCAUCUUCAGAAAUCUGCCCUCAUGGCUGGCGAAAUUCCGAAAGGAGUCGGCAGACUAUACACAAGUUGUAAGGCGCAUGCGCGAUGCUCCGUACAACUUCGUACGAGCUGGUAUGACUACCGGUACCGCGUCCCCAUCGUUCGUGUCUGCCAUUAUUGAAGAGGCGUCAAGCAAGGGUCCCCUUACGCCAGACGUUGAAGAAGAUAUCAAAAUUGUUGCUACUUUGGUGUACGGAGCUGGUAUCGAUACGACCUACGCCACUUUGUCCACGUUCCUUCUUGCGAUGGUGCGCUACCCUCGCGUAUUCAAAAAGGCACAGGAAGAGAUAGAUCGCGUUGUGGGAAGCCGUUUCCCUGACUACGCGGACCGUGAUUCUCUACCAUACCUCGAAUGUGUACUCAAGGAAGUUCAUCGCUGGCAGGUGGUGGUUCCGCUUGGUGUCCCGCAUAAGCUGACAACAGAUGACGAGUAUCAAAAGUACAAUCUACCAGGAGGAGCUGCUGUAGUGCCUAACUUGUGGGGAAUGAGCCGGGACCCCGAAUAUUACCAUGAUCCUGAGGAAUUUUACCCAGAACGUUUUGAGGAGCGCCCUGAUCUCCCUGACCCUCGAAAAUUCGUCUUUGGCUUUGGUCGACGAAUCUGCCCCGGUCGCCUGCUUGCGGAUUCGAGUUUCUACCUUGUUGCUGCCAACGUGAUUGCAAUGCUAAACAUCCGGAAGGCGAGAGACAGCGUCGGUAACGAGAUCGAGCCUGUUGUGGACUAUAACUCUGGUUUCCUGAGUCAUCCGAAGCAAUUCGCGUGCUAUAUAGAACCUCGCUCAGACAAGGUUGCUCAGAUGGUCAAAGAGAUGGCUGCUGCCAACGAGCCAAAGACGGGGCACUCUCUGCAAGGUUUGAAAGGUUAG